GGAAAGUACUCGGCUGUACGAACGGACAUUCUUGACAAAUACAGCCAACAAGCAUCGCUUUUUCGAGUGAUAAUGGUAUUGGUAAUCACUCCUCUUCCAGCACUACUACUGGGUCUUCUUUCAGAAUGUAUUCCGCUGCAAGAUCCGACAAGUGGUUGGAAGCGCAACUACGGCGCGUGGAUUCGGUUUUGGGUCUUCAUUAACUCCGCCGCAUUUGGAUUUCUCUUUCAGAUUCGCAGUGCGACCCCGGAGUUGUCACUGCGCAAGAUCUUCAUGGUUGUGGCUGGUACUGGAUGCGGGACACUCGCUGUCUUGAUAGCGUUAUCCGCCGUGUGGACGUUUCCG